GUUGAGUUUAAUGCUUUGCUAGCUCACAGUUAGCCUUCAAUCUACUCUCAGCGACAGACAGUCUCAGAAAUGCUGAGGCUUGAGGACUUUCACGGGAAGGAUUUAAGGUCCAAGUGUUCAAUGUGUUGACCGGUUGCUUAUCAAACAGGCAACUGUUCAGACAGGAUGCCAGAGAUGACCGAAACUCCGACACCUGGUCGUAAACCCAAAAAGAAGAAAAACAAAGAAUCUCACAAUGCAGUUGAGAGACACAGAAAAGAGAAGAUUAAUGCUGGGAUUAACCGCAUUGGUAAUCUACUCCCCUGUUCCAAGGCACUCAAGCAGAGUAAGAACAUGAUCUUGGAUCAGGCCCAUCGUUACAUCACUGAACUGAAGAAACAAAAUGAUACGUUGCUUCUGGAAGGAGGAGAUAAAGUCCAAGCUGAGGAGAUCCGGCGGCUGCGGCGUCAGAUGGAGGAGCUGAGGAGGGAGAGUGCUCAGUACAUCGAUCUCCUUAAAGCCCACGAUAUUAACAUUUUAGAAGACCCAACUAUUCACUGGAAGGGCAAACAGCGAUGCACCAAGGUGGCAAUGGUGACUCCCACUCACCAACUCUCAAAAGGGAUUGUCGUCUACUCCAAUGGCAUUGUAAAGUGUCCAGCAGGAAAGGAGACCAGCCCAACAAAACAGCCUUCUGAAACCAUAAUUCUUCAGCCACCGUCUGAGGUCAGUGCCAGGUUGAGAGUUAACGGAGCCCUGUUGCAAGUUAAUACCUCUUCAAUCCCUACACUUCUCCCUGGGUCGACGGCCGCACCCAACCAGUCUUCAACAGGCCUUAGAAUGAUAGAGCAGUGUGUGGUCGAGACACCGGCUGCAGCCCCCACUCUUUCACCCUCUGUGUCUUACAUUACCCUCCAGAUCCCAGCAGCCACCACAGCCCUUUCCCAACAACCACAGCCUGCCGCCCCAGUCCCGACCCUCACCAUAGCAGUCACUUCAGCGUCACAGCUCCCCACUGAAAGUCCUGCGCAGCCCUUGUCUAAUCUGACAACAUUCACCCAAGCUAUAGCCACAUCCAGAGCAGCAACCUCAGAGGGUUGUUCUUGGGCCCCACAGGAUGCUGCCAUGAGGACUGUAAGUUACACUGCUAUCCACAACAGCCAAGCCCUUCUUAGGGCUGGGGCGGCAGGCAGCACACAGACGACCUGGACAACGCUGCAGAUGGUGGGAAACACAGUGCAGCCAGUCUGCCAGAGUCUCCCCACCACAGAAGCCCUCAACACCACUCGGACUGUCCAGCAGGUGACUGUCUGUCCAAUGGGACACACGCCCUCUGUUCAGCCCAUUCAAAUACAGAUGCAACCACAUGUGCCUGUACAGCAAUCACCCAUUUCAGCACACAUUCAAGCACAGCCCUUUCAGAGACCGACCCAGCUACGGCCAGCAAUCCUGAACCAGGUAAAGCCUCAGCCAGUUCUAGCACCCCCACCACAAUGUGCUGUUCUCUCCCAGUCAGCCAUAGUACCCCAGCCAGCUGCGGUGGCCCACUCUGCCGUCGUGUCGUCGCAGCCCCAGUCUGUUGUACUCAAACCAGUGUCAUUGGUUCCCCAUCAUCCGACCACCCACAUGCCUCAGCCAUCCCUGGUGCCACAGGCCACUGUGCUGCCCCUCCUUCAGACCAUGCAGGUGCUGCAGGUCAACUCAACUGGAGGGACCGCCUCAGGUGUAACAGCCCAACAGAACACUAACAACCCAAGUGUGGUCAUUCUGCAACAGGCCAGUUCUUGUCCUACCCAGUCAGUUGUAAGGGAGGAAAUGACAAAUCAGCAACCAUGUCAACAUAUUGUAAUCAUCCAGGCACCCAAUCAAAUAGCUCCUGUCCCACAGAAUCCUCAGGUUGGCAUGGUGCCUGCUGCUGUUCCCAUUGCAGUACCUGUUGUGUCCACCCAGAUAUCCACAACCAGUAGUUCAACAUCUGCCACUUCGUUACAGAGUGUAGGGGGAAAGCAACUGGUGCACAUUCUCCCACGUCCCGUUCAGCCUCAUGUGAACCAUCCCCUUCAGGUCACACAGGCCUCCUCUUCACCACCGAUUCCUCCAACCCCACAGACGAUCACUGUGAAUGGCCAGGUGUUUGCUUUGCAGCCCAUGAAGACAUCUGACAAAUCCAGUUCCCAUGCUGGCCAGAGUACACUCCAGCUGGUCCAGCCCACCACCACCGAAGAACCAACAACUAAUGUGGCCCUCAACAGUUUAGGUGCACUCAGCAGUCUCAAUCAGAGCAUCUCUCAGGGCCUUCCACUUACCAUUUCUAGCCAGACUAAUGUCCAGCUUCCAGCUGCUCAAUUAUCAGUAGUCCAGCAGAAGCAGCCUCCUGCUCAGGCGUCCGUCCCUGGAACCGCUCUUGCUCUGCCAGCCCGGCAGCUACAAGUCCCUUCUUUCAACCCAGUCAAGUCAGGGCUGGUGGGUAAUACCUCAAAAAGUCGAGGAAAGAGGCUUCGCACAACUUUGAAUACAAAGAGGGCGACAACAGCUAAAAGAACUAAACCAGCCAAAAAGAAAGAGCUCAGUGAGGCCCCACCUGUCGUUGCCGUUUUGGCCAAACCUGUGGUAGCUGCAGGAGAAAGUCAGACAGUUAAAGUUUCAGUAUCUGAAGUUUUACAGUCUUCGACAGUAAAAAUCAUGGACAUUCCCCCUACUUGUACCGCAGCUAUCACAACGACAGGUGGCAGUGAAGCUGUAGGGAAUAUCACUCCUACACAAAACAGUCAGAUAAUGAUUGUGUGUAGUUCAUCGAGUGAGUCGCCUGUCUUUAGGCAAUCCCCACCACAGAGCAAAAGCUCCGUGGGUGCAACUCGGUCUGAUGUUGUGCUCAGUGACACUUGUGGUGCGGCAACUGCAGUUGCAACUGUCAAUGCCACAUCGGUCAAGCCAACAGUUAGUGCAGCUAUGGCCAUUGAGAGUAAACCAUCCAUAGUUUCUGGCAACAACUCAGCUUUGACCAAACUCUCGGUUCCAGAGGUUAAACAGCCAACCACUAGUUCAGCAAUUAGCACGACACAAAGUAAGUCAGCUGCCACCACUUCUGUUUCUAAACCGAGCAAAUCUGUGGUCGGUUCUGAAGGUGCCACUGAAACUCUGUUCACACCCACCACUGUUCCUAUCGAAUGCCUGACUGCAGUCUGCACCAGCAGUAUCCCAGAAACUGCACCAGUAUCUUUAAAUCAGUCGACCCAAACAACUUGUAUGACGGUAUGUCGUCCCCACCAGGUAUCUAAUACCCAAGAGCCUCUGCCCUGUAAUAAACAACAGUCACAGCCCACCACUUUACCCUUGGUGUCCACAACUGUGGCGCUCUCAUCGCCUGCAGCAACUUGUUCUGCAGCCCACAGCUCUGUGACAGCCCCUACAACAAGCUCAGAGUUUAGGAAAAGGGGCACUACCGGUAGAGCCCCAACACAACAGACUAAUGUGAAUAUUCCCCACCCAUCACCCUGUCACCCUGCUGAAAUCAAACCACCUCAGCCUUCUCGAAGAGAUAGGGAGUCUCAGGUAGAGAGACACUCUACUGCAGCAGAGAAAGACCGCUUGGUGGCAGCAACUUCUGGCACUCCCUCUAGAAAGGAUUUUGCCCUAUCUCAACAGGUGUACACUAACCUUGACGAUCAAACUAUAGAGCACCCGUUGACCGCAAGCAGACAGACAGAUUCUCCCAUGUCUUCAGGGGCUGGUGGAGGCAGAGGGUUCUCUGUGGCAUCCAUGCUUCCCCAGGGCCACACUAUCAGUGCGUCACCUGGCUCCUUUGGCACGUUUACGUUCACCUCUGAGCAGGCAGAAAUGCUGGCCUUGGCCAUGCUCGAACAGGACAGUCCAGGAAGGCGUAGUGGAAGCUGCUCUGGCAACACUGCUUCAACAAACCCCACGUCAGCCACAUGGGAGCAACCAAAAGCCCUGAUGGUGUCGAACAGUAAAGAAAGGGGUUCAACUGGACAGCAGGCAAAAGUGACUAAACCCACGGACACAGUAACGUCUAAACCCACUGUCCAGGUGUCUGUCCGAGGACAUGCUGAGGAGGGGCCCAAUGGAAGCAGACAUCCACAAAACAUCUCAUGCUCUCAGUCUCUCUCCCAGGUUCAGUCUCAGAGCUCAUCCCAGAGCGGCAGCGUGGCUAGCCUCAGCGUCAACAACCUGAUCAAGCCCAGCUCCAGUCAGCAACCCUACCCUGGCUCUCCCAGUCUUGCUGUCCAACAGGGUUCAGUUCCCUCACCUGUAGGGAGCUCAGCCCACAUAUCCCAACCCCCAAACCACACCCUCUCCCCCUGCUCAGGUGCGGCCCAACUGAAUGAGUACACCCCCUUAAAGACUGCGUUGAUGAGGGCUCAGGCUGGGGUCGGUGUAGGUGAGCGACAAGUGAAGAUCGUCUCCAAACGGCAGGCCCAGGAAGAGUCGAUGCUAAACACUGGAAAACGGCCCAAGCCUACCACUGUUAGCCAUAUGGACCUGAAAGCACCAGACCACAGCCAGAUGCCCUCAGCUGUCCCACCAUCAUCUGCUGUCAUGAUAGGGAUUAAUUCAGAAAAUGGAGGCCACCUCUUCUCCACAAACUCUUUCCUGAGCCCAGUAGUUCGGCCCCCAGAUGGCCACUGCCCUCCUCAAGGACCCCUUGAGCAGAACCAGCCAGGUGUGCUUCAUCUGCCCCAGGGUCAUCCACAGCAUGCUGCAACCCAGCCUGGCCAGCACCUGGGAGGAAACCUGUACAUAAAACAGCAACAGCAAGAGCAACAAAGACACCAUCUGUAUCAUUUGCAACACCACCUGACACAGCCUGACCCCGCACAGAACCACUCACUACACCAGAGGGCGCUUCAGCAGCAGCAACAACAGCAGCAACAACAACAACAGCAGCAACAACAGCAGCAGCAACAACAGCAGCAGCAGCAGCAGCAGCAUGUGCAGAAGAAGCGAGGGCUUGUCAGAGGCAGUCAGACCGGGUCGCCUGUUGGCCUGCAACAGAAGCAGCACCACCUGGAGAAGUCUGGAGUUCAGCAGCAGCACUCGCAUCAACAGCAGCCGCAGCAUCAACCCCACACGCAGCAGCAUCAACAGCCCCACCAACAAUCACAGCAGCAUCAACACCAACAGGCUCAGCAUCAACAGCACCAACAGCAAACACAUCAACAGCAAACACAGCACCAACAACAACAACAACACCAACAGCAGCAGUUACAGCAGCAGCAGCAGCAGAGCUCCCACUCCAGACACCAGCAGCACCUACAGCAGCAGCAGCAGCAGCACUUUAGACACCAGGAGAAGAGUUGUGAAGCCCAGGCAGCGGGAUCCAGGGUCCACCACGGCAGCCUCCUGGGCCAGCAGGACCACCUCAAGCCUGGUCAGGACCAUAAUGCUAUGCAGAGGAUGAUGAGCACGAGGACUCUGGAGCAGCAGCUCGUCCCUCCUCCCAGCAAUCCUGCGCCCCGGCCGUCGGACCUGGCCUGCGCUCCGUCACGCCAGGAGCGUAUCCGUGUUUCCAGCUACUCUGCCGAGGCACUCAUCGGUAAGAGUUCCACCAGUGGUGAACAGCAACAGCGCAUGGGUCUCCACCUUCAGCCUCGCGGGGCCACACAGGAGCAGCCAGACCUCCGUGGUUAUCUGGACACAUCGCAAGGGAAGGCCAGCAGUGCACACAACCCGCAGAAUCGCUUGACCUCCUCUGACCAUCCAGGAUCUGCGGAUGUUCAGCGGGUCUCAGAGUGUCCGCCAUUCAAGACCAUGGGAGGAGGAGUGCAUCAACUCGGUGGCUUUGAGGCUCAGGUGUCUCGUGGCAGUGACAUGGUGCCCAAGUCAGUGCCGUCCUCCCAGAGGGGCCCUCAGGGGCAGCAACAAGGCGCGUUCGGAAUGGGUGUCGGCCCUCCGCCAGAUGCCCGAAACCGCUACAGUGCCGCUCAUCCCGGCUCACAGGGAGUCCAAGUUGGCCUCCCCCGGGAGCAGGAAGGUUGUCACCAGAGUUUCAUGCAAAGCCUUCUUUCGCCCCACCUGCCUGAGCAGAGCAACCACCAGCGGGCAGUGCAGUGCUGUCCCCCGGUCAGCAUGGAGUACAGCUGUCUGCCUGGAAGCUCCUCAGGAGACCUCCAGGCCAAGGCCUCCAGCCCCAGUGGGCCCCAGACGCAGAAGGCCCCAGCCAUGCGGCUUGGAGAGGGCAACAAGGGCCAUAUUCCUCAGGUCAGCAGUAAUAUGCACGGAGGCCCAGGUGUGCGGACAGGCCUCCCCCACCCUCUGACCCCACACGGCAGCUCUGAGCCAGGCCGCUCCUCGGCCCCCUCCCGACCACCCGCUGCUGCGAACCAGCACUCUCGCCACAUCGGCCGAGACACUCAGCCCCCCAAGCUGAGGCCUGGUGACCGGCCUCGAUCAGGUCCUCUGAGGCAGAGCAACCCCUUUGAGCCCGAGGGUGGAGGGGUGCUGCUGAGCAGACCGCAGUCUGGAGGAGAGGCGCGGCGCAGCACUAUCGUUCGCUUCAUGGCAGAUACUGCUCAGGUUCCGAGCGACAACAACCUGGUUCCUGAUCAACACUUAACACAGAACUUUGGUUUCCCCUUUAUUCCAGAAGGAGGGAUGAAUCCUCCACCUCCCAUCAAUGCCAACUCCACAUUCAUCCCUCCGGUCAGCCAGCCCAAUGCCUCCCGUACGCCGUCCCUUCUGCCUGUCGAGACCCAAAACACGUUACCCUCCUUCUACCCUUCUUAUUCUCCAGCGGCUCACCCCAGCCUUCCCAGCGAUGUCACCCUCCAGUACUUUCCCAACCAAAUGUUUACCAGCCCGAAUGCAGACAAGAGCAGCGCUCCCCCGCUUAAUAACCGCUUCGGCUCGAUCCUUUCCCCACCUCGCCCAGUGGGGUUUGGCCAGACCAGCUUCCCCUUGCUUCCAGAUAUGCCCCCUAUGCCCAUUGCCAACUCAUCUGGAAUCACCCCCCACAUAUCCAACUUCAGCCUCACCUCCCUGUUCCCCGAGAUCGCCACCGGCAUGCCCGCUGACGGUUCGGCCAUGCCGAUGUCUCCCCUGCUGUCGCUCGCCAACACCUCGGCGUCUGACUCUGGCAAGCAGCCCAACCGUCCCGCCCACAACAUCAGCCACAUUCUGGGCCACGACGGCAGCUCAGCCGUGUGAGAAGAGGUCCGGCUGCACUUGAUGUAAAAGUGGUGGUGAAGCACCUGAUGGCGGUUUGAGCUCAAGUGACACCGUGUCUGUCCGAUUGUUUACAUGUUCAGUUUCAAUCUCGGAUUUGUUCCGUCUGGCAUACGUGUGCCAACGUUAUUUGAAAUCCAUAAUCUUUUGAAUUGAAGGUGACAUGGAAAUGUAUUUCUUUAAAGCUCUGUUGUUGGUUAAACCAACUGUUUGGUAGUAAAACUAAAUUAUCUUUCGAGCUUGAAUGCAAUGUAUUGUGGGUAAUUAAGAAACCUGCAGUUACCCACCAAUGUAAUUUUACUAAUUUAUCAGUUGUAUUGUACAGAAUCUUUUUUUUUCUCAAGAUCUAUUUUGUAAAUAACGGUUUCAUAUCAGAAUUGUUAGAUUAUGUAUUUGUAAAUACAAAAUGGAUUAAUAAAGUUUAUAAGGAGACAUUUCAA